AUGGCUUCAACAGGUUAUGGGCCCAGCAGAGAAUCACGCUGGUCAAGGUUGACUUUCGAUGGAAACGAAAGCAAUUACGAACUGUGGGAAGCAAAAUUCCUCGCGUACAUGAGGUUAUUAAAACUAAAGGAUACUAUCCUGCCGUCUGAAGAAGAGGCUGACGCAACAAAGAACGAAGAAUGCUACGCCGAGCUUCUACAGUGUUUGGAUGACACCAGUCUGUCAUUGGUAAUGAGGGAUGCUACCGACGAUGGCCGAAAGGCUUUACAAAUACUCCGAGACCAUUAUGCAAAUCAAGGCAAACCAAGAAUCAUCACACUCUACACUGAGCUAACGUCACUUGAAAAAGCACUUCACGAGACAGUCACAGAUUACUUAAUAAGAGCCGAGAAAGCAAUAACAGCGCUUAAGAACGCCAAAGAAACGUUAAGCGAUGGGCUAAUAAUUGCUAUGAUCCUAAAGGGGCUGCCUGAUUCAUAUAAACCGUUCUCGAUACAUGUGACCCAAAGUGCAAGUGAGAUAACGUUCGCGAAGUUUAAGAGCAUGUUGAGGAGCUUCGAAGAAACGGAAAAGCUCAACACCAAACCGAGAGUUGAUCAGGUAAUGAAAGCUGAGUUUCCUUCGCAAACAAUGACAUGUUAUGGCUGCGGGAAAAGAGGGCAUUUAGUCAGAGAGUGCCCUGCUAAGAGCGAGAGGAAGUGGUGUAACUAUCACAAAAGUACAACACACUCGGAUAGCACCUGCAGAAGUCAGCAAAAGAGCAAAGACCAAGCCAAACGGGUGUCGGAGAAAGAAAACACCUCUAAAGAUGAACAUUCAUUUGCAUUCAAAGUUAACGACGAAGCAACAGGGAAAAUCAAUCGAAUGGGAAUGUUGGUUGACACAGGUUCCACUUCUCACAUUGUUACUACUGAUAUUUUAAAGCAAAUAGACAUGACAUUUAAACCAUCAAAACAUUACAUCAACUGGCUGAUGGCACACGAGCCAGUAAUAUUGCAUUGAAACGAGGGGAUGCUGAAGUGUUUUUGAAAGAUACAAAUGGAAAAUGUGUGAAAACGGUGCUGAAAAACGCCUUAUAUAUACCAUCCUAUCCUCAAGAUAUUUUCUCAGUGAAGGCAACCACAUCAAAUGGAGCCGAGCUUCGAUUUGCCCAAGAUACUGGUGAGCUAACCCUUGAAGAUGGUACCAUUGUUGAAAUUGAAGAACAUGGACGGUUGUACUAUUUGACUUCCAUAGACAGUCAUGAGAACGAUAGCGUAAGUGAAGUAGAUAAAGUAAAUUUCUCGUAUGAUAUUAACACAUGGCAUGAAAUCCUAGGGCACUGCAAUUUUGAAGAUAUUAUAAAACUACAGGGGGUAGUUAAGGGCAUGAAAUUCUCAGGUAAAAUUGAGUCAUCUAAGUUAGGUUGUAAUACAUGUGUAGGAGGAAAAUUUGUAAACAGCAGGAGUAGGAUUCCUGAUGCAAGAUCUCAAAAAUCAUUGGAGAAAGUGCAUGUGGAUUUGGCAGGUCCAGUUUCUCCUGUAUCAAGAGAGGGGUUUAAGUACUGCAUAGCUUUUACUGAUGAUUUCUCAGGAGCAGUAUUUGUUUACUUUCUGAAAUGUAAAAGUGACACCUUUGUAACAACAGAGAAAUUUCUAGCAGACAUCACUCCUUAUGGCAAGGUAAGUUGCAUCCGUUCUGACAAUGGCUCAGAAUUUACAGGUAAGGCGUUUCAAACACUACUAAGGGAGCGUGGCAUAAAACAUGAAACUUCUGCUCCCUACUCGCCACACCAGAAUGGCACCGCCGAAAGGCACUGGCGCACAUUGUUCGAAAUGGGCAGAUGUCUUCUUCUUCAAUCAGGGUUACCCAAAGCUCUCUGGCCCUAUGCAAUUCAAACCGCAGCUCACAUUAGGAAUAGAUGUUUUAAUAAGAGAACAAAGACAACACCCUACUUUAGCCUUACUGGGAAAGUACCUGAUCUUUCUAAAAUGUGGAUCUUUGGAUCUGAAUGUUUUGCUUACGAACAGGAGCAUAAGAAAUUAGACUCAAGAUGCAGCAAGGGGGUAUUUGUGGGAUACGACAAAAAUAGCCCUUCUUACCUAGUGUACUACCCCAAAAAUGGGAAAAUCAUGAAACAUCGACUCAUUAGAUUCAUCAAGAAAUGUAGUGUAGAACAGCACACACAAACUGAUGAGUCCAGCAGGGAUUGUGAUGUACAUGAGAAAUCUGACCAUGAUACUAGAUCAGACUUAAAUAGUAUGAGCCUCCCUGUUUUAAGUGCAAUGCCGCCAAAUACAGUGCCUGAUGAGGAGCCUAGGGAUAGUGAGGGAAGGCAUUGCAACCAUACUGAGAAUGACAGUGAGACAAAACGGUAUCCUCAAAGAGAAAGGAACCCUCCCAGAUACUUAGAAGAGGACACCCUCCUCCCUAAGAAUGCCGAUUGUGCUACAAAGUUUGUGGAUUACCACAAAAUUACACAGAAGCCAUGGGAUCACCUCAAGCUAGGGAGUGGGAGCAAGCAAUGAAGGAAGAGAUCAGCUCUCUGAAGGAAAAUGAUACUUACGAAUUAUCAACUUUACCAGAAGGUAAAGCUUCAGUAGGGGGAAAAUGGGUGUACACAACCAAACAAGAUCAGAAUGGCAUAGAGUCCUUUAAGGUCAGAUAUGUAGCGAAGGGUUACAGCCAGGUAAAGGGUAUAGAUUAUCAAGAAACGUUCGCCCCGACAGCCAGUAUUACUUCAAUUAGGGUCUUAAUGCAGUUAGCAGUAAAACAUGAUCUUAUUGUCCACCAGAUGGACGUUAAAACUGCAUAUCUGCAUGCCCCCAUUACUUAAGAGUUAUACAUAGACCAGCCACAAGGGUUUGAAGAGGUUUCAGAGAGUGGUGAGAGGUUAGUAUAUAGGCUAAAGAAAUCGCUAUAUGGUCUAAAACAAUCAGGUAGAAAUUGGAACAUAUUGUUACACGAGCAUUUAGCAAAUGACGGUUUUGUCAGAAACCAUGUUGAUCACUGUGUAUAUAAGAAACAAGUUGAUGAUAAAAUUGUUAUCGUCAUUGUUUGGGUUGAUGACCUAAUCAUAGCUUCAGAUAGUAUGCAGUUAAUGGAAGAAUUUAAAAAAAGUAUGAAGAUACAAUUUAAGAUGAAAGAUCUAGGUAGAAUCACUUUCUUCCUUGGAAUGGAUUUUAAGCAAAGCAAGGGUGAAAUAAAAAUUAAUCAGAAAAGAUUCAUUCUUAAAAUACUAGAGAGAUUUGGAAUGAUAGACUGCAAGCCCAGGUUAACCCCAUGUGAGCAACGAUUAGAAUUUAACUGUGGUAAAUUGACCAACGCCAGACAGUAUAGAGAAAUGAUAGGAAGCCUAAUUUAUGCCAUGACCUGUAGAAGGCCUGAUUUAAGUUGGAUUGUAAGCAGACUGUCUCAAACUCUGUCAAACCCCAGAACGGGAGAUUUAAUUGCUGCCAAACAUGUCCUAAGGUAUCUAAAGGGUACCGUGGAUUAUGAACUCUGCUUUAAGAAAUCUGAUGCUGACUUGUAGCUCACUGCUUAUAGUGAUUCAGAUUGGGCCUCUUGCCUGGAAGACAGGCGAAGUACUACAGGUUACUGUUGUACUCUAACUGAAGGAGGACCACUGAUUUCAUGGAAGUCGAGAACGCAACCAACGGUUGCCAUUUCCACUUGCGAAGCUGAAUAUGUAGCUUUAGCAAAUACAGCUCAAGAGUGUUUGUAUCUAACUCAAUUGUUAAACGGUAUGUAUAAGAAAGUACAUCAGAGUAUGAAGCUCCAGUUAAAUAUUGAAGACCUGAAAAUUAAGAAUAACCAGCACGCGUUUACUCAACAUCGAAGCACAGUCUCUGCGUUAAUAUCAACUACCCAAACCUGGUUUAAUGCCACUGAUUGUUCAAAAACAGGCAAAAUGGGGGUUCAUGCGGCCUUCAUUGACUUUCGUAAGGCCUUCGACCUUGUGGAUCACAAUAUUCUUUUGAACAAAUUAGCAGCUAUGAACAUAAAUAAACCCUUCUGGUUAUGGGUUAAAAGUUUCCUUUCCGGAAGAGUUCAACAAGUAAAUCUCAAUGGUACCUUAUCAUCCAUUGCAACAUGCCCGGUCGGAGUCCCGCAAGGCUCUGUAAUAUCUCCCAUUCUUUUUAAUACCUACAUUGAUGAUUUGGAGGACGCCUUACCAGAACAACUAAAAGUCAGUACGAAUAAGUAUGCAGAUGACUGCACACAACACCAAAUAGUGAGCGUAGAUUUUAAUAGUAAUUUACAACAAUCUAUCAAUGAAGUAAAUAACUGGGCGGUGUUAAAUAAAAUGGCAAUUAAUGCUAAAAAAACUAAGGACAUGUGGAUCUCGUUCACGGACGCUAUACCUGAACCACCACGUCUUCGUAUUGGAAAUGAGUUAAUAGAAAGGGUCAACGCUUUUAAAUUACUUGGCGUGUCGUUCCAAAAUAAUCUAAAAUGGAACGCACAUGUUGAAGAGAUUACACGUAAAGCAAAUAAACGCCUUUACCAUCUUAGAGAAUGCAGGAAAUCGCAGUUACCAGCUGAAGUCGGUAUUAUUACCUAUCAAUCCAAAAUAAGACCAAUUCUCGAGUAUGCAUCACCUGUCUGGGCGGGACUCCCUAAUUACCUGCGAGAUGAAAUAGAGCGGGUUCAAUCCAGGAGCUUAAGAAUCCUUGGCCUGGAAAAAGAUUACCUACCACCGUUGAACGAAAGAAGGGAAGAGGCAACUAGUCGAGAAGUUGAUAGGUUUAUGAACGAUCCACACCAUCCCUGUCGCAGUGUUUUGCCAAAAUUAAUUAACAAUCAGUACAAUUUAAGGAACAUUGACCGGAAUCGCAAUAUAUCAUUCUUCUCCGGAACUGAAAGGCAUAAACAUUCAUUUUCAGGUAGAGCUUGUAAAUAUGUAUAA